UUGUAAAAUCGCUCCUUGAGAAGAGAGUUACUCUGUUAGUUCAUAACCACGCUGCUGUAUGUGCUCUCUUACAGUACUUGUACGUCAUUUCCGGUGGCGCUCUCAGUGCGACUUUUGUGCAAAGAUGGCGUCCGUGCAGCUCACGGACGAGGAGCUUUUCUCUGAGUUAAAGCGCCUCGGCUUCACCCCGGGCCCGGUCACGGAGAAUACGCGGCCCGUGUACGUAAAAAAGCUCAAAAAGCUACGCGAGGAGCAGCAGCAGCGUUCCAGGGGCGUGAAGGGGAGAAACGGCAGCAGCGUCAACAACAGCAGUAACGCCAGUAGCGGCGGCGGUAAUAACGGCCACACAGCGGCGGGAGCCGCGGCGUUCCGCGCUCGACCGACUGCCAUUGACGCCAUUCACGUGAACUCGACACGAAGCCCCGGUGCUCGGCCAAUUCUGGUGGAAAAACGAGCGGACAGGACCGGAAAGUUUGUCCUGGGAUUUAGCUCGGACGAGUCGGACGCGGAGGCGCCGCAGAAAAAGGGAGGCCCGAACCACAGAGGCGCCAGGAGAGACCGAGGCUCGGCGCUGCUCUCGAUAAGGCCUACACAGGAGUCUCCCGCCUCCGGUGCUCGCAGAACUACUCUCGGUUUAAACAGUAACACCAAAUACCACCUCGGACUUUCGGAGAGCAGAAGAAGCACUUUAGGGUCCCCGUGGUGGACAGACAGGGGGAGAUCAAGCUCGCAUCGCGACGUGGAGGAGGAUGAGGAUAAGGAUGAUAACUGCGAACCGGAGGACACGGAUAAUCUUGAGGAUACUGAGAGGACCGGGACGACUCUAAACGGUAGUAAAGGGUCUUACAACAACAACAAGCUGUCUGGGGAUUAUUCUGAUUCUGACGAAGAGGAAGACGAGGAAGAGGAGGAACCAGAGCGCCGACGCGAGCGCCGUCUGCUUUCCAGACGGAGUGUGUCGAAGUUCACGUCCACUCCUUACAAAAGCGUCUGGGAUUCGAAACGCGUCCGGGAAAAGGUGGCAGACACCAAGUCUGGCACUGCCGGUCUAGACAUGGCGAGUGAGUGGGGGGAGGACGACGGAGAAACAGCCGAGUUGACCGGUGGCUAUGUGAAAAAUUCCCGCUUCACGAGUGUGAACGGCGAGGAGAGCAGCAGCAGCAAACCCGACGGGGAGGCCCCCACAAGCAGCGGUAGCUUCAGCUCGGCACUCAGACCUCGUUUUUCCACCUAUAACAGUCUGACCUCCACUUACGCCUUCAACAACUCGAACCACACCAGCUCCAACCAUAACUACAGCCACAAACGAAAGGCUGCGGGGCCAGAGGAUGAGCUGCUGGAGCAGUUUAAACGGGAUGAGGUGUCCUCCACCGGUAGCUUCAGCGCUCACUACCUGUCCAUGUUCCUUCUGACCGCCGCCUGCCUCUUCUUCCUGCUGCUCGGCCUCAUGUACCUCCGAAUGCGGGGCUCUGUACCUUCAGACGCAGUUACUGGCAGAAGCCACCCAUUUGGUGCAACCUUUGAUCAAACAUAUAACCACACGGAGAAAGACACCAUUCUCAGUCUUCUACUCCAUCUACAUGAGCAUCUGGCUAAUACUGCAGGUGAACAUGACUGCAAAGAUCUCAACGAUCCAUUAAACAGAAGUGUCUCCUUUUCUGAGGCUACAGCGUAUCUAAAGAUGCAAAAUAUAAGCUAUGACGGCUGGAUAGAAACAGCCAUGGAGUGGAUCAUUGUCACCGGAGAGAUUUCUGGUAUAAGGUUGAUUGCAGAUGACCCUAUGCAACUAGUGGAAGACAUGUCUGACAUAGCUCGUCUGGAGUCCACUCACCCUCGCAUGUCCUUCGUUUGCCGUUUGCGACGAGCCUUCUUCACUGUGAUCUACAGAGUACUUCUCAUUCUUGCUGGAAUUGGCAUUGUAUACGGCGUAAUUCGUUACGUGAAGUACCGAUGGAGGAAGGAGGAGGAUGAGACCAGGCAGAUGUAUGACAUGGUGGAGAAAAUCAUAGAUGUCUUGAGAAGUCACAACGAAGCUUGCCAGGAGAAUAAGGAGCUGCAGUGUUAUCUGCCUAUUCCACACGUGCGGGACUCUCUUGUUGAGCCGCAGGACAGGAAGAAGAUGAAGAGAGUUUGGGAAAAAGCUGUGAAUUUCCUCUCUGCAAAUGAGUCCCGCAUACGGACUGAAACACAGAGGAUUGGUGGAGCUGAUUUCCAGGUGUGGCGGUGGCUUCAGCCUUCCUUGUCUUCUGACAAGAUGUGCAAUAUGCCCUCUAAAGUAUGGCAGGGAAAAGCGUUUCCUUUGGAUCGAAGGAAUUCGCCACCAAACAGCUUAACACCAUGUCUGAAAAUUCGCAACAUGUUUGACCCUGUAAUGGAGGUGGGGGAAAACUGGCAUCUUGCCAUUCAAGAAGCCAUUUUGGAGAAAUGCAGCGAUAAUGAUGGGAUCGUCCAUAUUGCUGUUGAUAAGAAUUCACGAGAGGGCUGUGUGUAUGUGAAGUGCCUUUCAGCUGAGCACUCUGGAAAAGCUUUCAAGGCACUGCAUGGCUCUUGGUUUGAUGGAAAGCUGGUGACUGUUAAGUACCUACGUCUUGACCGCUACCACCAGCGUUUCCCACAGGCCCUGGGCUGUAACACGCCUCUGAAACCGUCCAGCUCCAACAUGAACACAAUGGCCCGGCUACACCAGCGAACCAGCACAUCCAGUUUCCUGAGCUUCUCCUGAGUCUUAACCAUGUCCUCUUGUGCUCUGUCCCUCUUUUACAUUUCUUCUUCUCCAUAUCUGGCUCCUCCCUGCAUUUGGAGCCAUGCUCAGGAGCUUUUUCCUGUGGUGGUCCUUUGUAAGCAGGUCUAAAGUUUGCAGCAAUGCUGUCCGGGUAUUUUUUUUUUUUUUUUUUUUUUUUUUUGUGUGGAGUUGAAGCUAAAGAGGAGAGCUGUGCACAAGGAACAUGUUGGGAGUUGCCAGAGCUUUGCUUAGGACAGCUAGUCAUGCAUAUCCCUCCUCUCAAAUGUUGGUGCAAUGGACACACUAUCUAUUAUGCUUUUCCUUUUCUUUUUUUUCUUUGGUUUUUGUAAUAGACUGGCUAUUGAUUUAACAAAGAAUCAUGGCUUCCAAUUUAUUCAACUUUUCAGAUUUGAGGAUGAGAGAUAACUGAAGCUGCUGUCUGUGGUUGUAAUCUUGUCUCUCUUUUGAAUUUUUUUUGUCUGAAGUUUACUUGGUCAAAAGGAGUUCUAUUGGGCUAUACAUUGCUGCAUGUGCUGGUUCCAAUAUCCCUAUAUUUAUGCUUUAAAUUGUAUCAUAUAACAUGGAUGUUUAUUUCCCCGGAAGACCUUUUUAACUUUAUGUAUUUCAUUUUUCCUUGUAGUUUUUAGUCCAAAACAAUGGCAUGCACACACUCUAAAAAGAGUGCUGUAAAUAUUUGUUGAAUGGUGGUGGUUGAAAUAUGUCUGUAUGAAACUGCAGAUUGUCAUAAGCUCUAAUUUUUUUUUUUUUUUAAACAACAAAUAAGAAAAAUGUGUCUUCGGGGAUGCUGUGACCACACAGUCAUUUUAUAUAACCCACUUGGUUUUGACAUGUGCAGAGUAAUUUAUGCGUGUUAUUCCAAUUUCAUGCAUUUUUUCACCUCAGUUUUGCCAUUUUGAUUGUAUUCCAUUGUACUCUAAUGUAUUAUUACUAUUAUUAUUUUCUUUAUAUUUUGAAAGUUAUACAUUUUCAUUAUGAUUGAUACAGUUUGAUGGUUUUGACAUUUUCCCCUCACCCACAGAUAUCCUCUGGCCACCAAAGUGAUUUAGUGCACAGCCAAAACUCAAGUAUUCCACAUGAACAGUAUCAGCAAAUCUGGUCAAGUGAAUGAGUUUGUCACUAUUUACACACUUCUUUGCCCAUUCUGUGUCAUAGUCCUUUGAGAGAGGGACAAUAAGUCAUGCUGAAUUACAAAAGGCAUGCCAUGUUUUGUUCAAAUAAGGUGUGGGUUCAUUUGAGAUUAAUAAAGUGUAAGUUUGUAAGAAA